UAAUAGUCUCAGGAAAGGAUGAAAACUCACAGGGAGAGAACGACAAACAGAAAUAAUUUUGAUUCCAAGAUUAUAAAGGUGCAAAAAGUCUUUUGUGUGACAAGUCUGUGAUGACAAACCUCAGCAAUGAACAUUCAACAAACAAAGAGCAUAAUUUAGGCAGAACAACAGAUCAGAUCUCAAAUGUUAUACGGGAUCUUGUGAAGAAACAAUACCAAAUGGUAGAACAAAGCUUUAAUAAACUUGAUAAAAUGAACAUCAGACGAUUUUCUCCUGAGUCAAUGUAUCAGCUACUGAAGCAAUUUGACAUUCACCCAAUAAUCAAUAGAGAUGAAGUCAGAAAACUCUGGAGCACUGUAAUUACCAGUCAUGAUAACACUUUGGAUUUCUAUGAAUUUGUUCGACACUUUGGAUUCUCACCUAAAUCAGCUUGUUAUCCAAGUGCAAAAAUAUAUCCACCAGUUAAGGGUGACAGUGACUUUCUGAUUCGAUCUAGAAAGCUAAACUGUGACAUGGACAUCAUUGAGGAUAAUCUGCAAGCUAAGGUUCAGCUCUUGCUGGAUGAACUUUGGACAAACUUUCAUGAGUUGGAUCAAUUUAAUACUGGAUUUGUUAGUAAAGAGGAGUUCAAAGACAUCCUCAUGGACCUAUGCGAGGUACUGAAUGAUCAGGCACGUGAGAUAAUCACCAACAAGUUUGACCAUGGAAAGAACCGGAUUUCUUACCUCGAGUUUCUUCAGCCAUUUGAAGAUCGAAGGAGGUCAGUCAGGUUUAACAAUGUGAAAACUCCAAUCCAAAAACAACAACAACCAGAGUUCACCAUGUACACAGAAUCCAUGCAUAAAGGUUUGAAUACUAUCACAGAGAAACUUCGAAGAAAGUUGGCUGGUAACUGGAAAACACUGGAAAGAAUGUGUAAAAAACUGGAUUGUGCCAGUACUGGAUUUCUCACAUUGCCUGAAUUCCGAUCUGUUCUUCAACUCUGUAAUGUCAUCUUGGAUGAAGAUGAAAUUUAUCAGAUGAUGUCAAAAUAUGAUGAAAACAUGGAGGGCAAAAUUAAGUAUUCAAAUAUUAUCAACAAAAUCUUCAAAGUUCCGUGAAUCUCAUUUGUUUUGCUUGCUUUGUACAAAUUUGUUAGUUACCUUAUAUAUUCCUCUGUAUUUAAAAAAAAAGUCAUUUACUGUUUAUAUUUUGAUUGAAUUUUUAAUUUUAAUCGAUGAUACAAAAACUGGGACAAUGAAGGUUUAUGGUAAUCAUUGGUGAGUUACUUUGGAUAAUCUCAGAAUGAAGAUCUUCAUUUAACAUCAUAAAUAAGUUAAGAAUUUUACAUUUAAAGGAUUUUGGAUUGUAAAAUGUAGAAUAUCACAGUGCAGAUCAAAAUAACAGCAGAAAAUGCUGGAUAGAUUCAGCAACUCAGGCACAAUGCUUAAGAAAUAAAGCAACAAGUUCAUGUGUCAGAGAUAAAAACAAAGUGCUGGAAAAGCUCAGAAGGUCUGGCCGCAUCUGGGGAGGGAGAAAUAGAGUUAACAUUUCAAGUCCAUUCAGAACUGAAAGAGAGGUAGAGAUCUGAUGGGUUUUAUGCUGUUGAGAAAGGGGGGAGGGUCUGAUGGAACAAAAGGAAAGGUUAGGGAUAACCAAGAUAUCAUGGAACAAAAGGCAAAAGGUCAGUCAACAUUUGUGCUAAAAAGACAGGUUAAGCUUUUUGGCCUAACUCUUCUCAAGCUUAAAGGUACUGGUAUUGCUUUAUUCAGAUAUACAAGUGUGAAGGUACAUGUUAACGUAUUUCAAGCAUUGGAGAU